GAACGGCGGGGACCGCCGGCGGGCCCUUCCCGCGGGCGGCGGGCGUUCGCGGCCCGGGAGGCGGCGGUGGCGGCCGGGUGGGUCCGUACUGUGAAGGGGAAGCGCCCGUCCGCCCCUCAGCGCGUUUCCCGCCUCCUGCCGCCCCUCACGGGCGGCCCCCGCCGGGUCGCUGUGCCCCGGCCGCUUCCUCUGCCGCGGCCCCUCCGCGCCGUGAGGGAAGGGGCGGGAGUUAAGCAGUUCCUCGGCUGCUUUACCAGAGGUAUCUGCUGAGUCUUUCCUAAUACUGAAAUGAGGCAAAGUUUGAGGGCAAAAAGCAGUUUCUUCUGCCCUGAGUAUGAGACUCAUCUGUUCAAUUGGAGCAGCCCUUGAUGCUUCCUACAAUGAAAUAUAACAAGAGAGACAAACAGGAGGCAGGGAUGGAAUACAAGAAGUGUGCAAUGCUCAUCUAGGUCUGAAUAGGUCUGGUCACUGCCUAUGAGCCAGUGGAUGCAGUUCUCUGUCCAUUAACAAGUGGUGACGAGUUUGGACAAGUCCUUUGAGGAACAGCUUGACUGGAGCAUUUUUUCCUCUGAAAACAUUGCUGCUAAAAAGCUGCGAGCAGGAGAAGUAAAUCCAGGCAGCUUGUCGGGUCACUGGCGCAGCGCGAAAGUGCUUUCAUGAGGUAACACCGGGCCAAAGUCAACUUUUCGUUCUCCUUUGUAAAUCUGCAGCCAAGCAAUGGGCCAGAAAAUCUCAGGGAGCAUAAAGUCUGUGGAUGUGAGGGAGCCCCCUUAUAGACCUGUUAAGCGAGAGCUGAGAGGCCCGGAUUUCUGCAAGCCGGCGCGUCUGGACAUGCUGUUGGAUAUGCCCCCUGCCAAGCUGGAGGUCCAGUAUAAACAUGCUUGGAACAAUGAAGAUCGCUCCUUAAAUAUAUUUGUAAAGGAAGAUGAUAAACUGACCUUUCACAGACACCCUGUUGCCCAAAGCACAGAUUGCAUCCGGGGCAAGGUUGGCUACACGAGAGGCCUCCACGUCUGGCAGAUCCACUGGCCCACGAGGCAGCGGGGAACUCAUGCUGUGGUGGGUGUCUCCACGGCUGAAGCUCCGCUGCACUCGGUGGGAUACACGUCGUUGGUUGGUAGCAAUAGUGAAUCGUGGGGCUGGGAUCUGGGACGCAACAAACUCUACCAUAAUUGUAAAAACCAGCCUGGGGUCACGUAUCCUGUCUUUUUGGAACCGGACGAGUCUUUUGUACUCCCAGACUCCUUACUGGUGGUUUUGGAUAUGGAUGAAGGGACACUUAGCUUCAUGGUAGAUGGACAGUAUCUUGGAGUGGCCUUCAGGGGACUAAAAGGGAAAAAACUUUAUCCCAUAGUCAGUGCAGUUUGGGGGCACUGUGAAAUUACAAUGAGAUACAUCAACGGACUUGACCCGGAACCCUUGCCUUUAAUGGACCUGUGCCGAAGAUCAAUCCGUUUUGCUCUUGGCAGAGACCGCCUGCAUGACAUAGAAAUUCUACCUUUGCCUCUGUCUCUGAAGAAUUAUUUACAGUACCAAUAAGACGUCUAGAACCCUCUUGGCCUCACAUUGGACUACAUCAAUGCAAAUGGCAGAAAAUUGUUUACAGCAAAAUAUAAAUCUUCGUGAUGGACACUGAAGUGUUAUUUAAUUUUUAAUAUAUAUUUUUUUCUGAACCAGUGAAAGCAGAUCACUGUGGGGGACUACUAAAGAAUGUGAAAACAUUGAUUUGACCGAGAUUUGUGUAUUACCUGUUGCCUGUUGUGUUUACAGUCCUAAAGGCCAUUAUUCUCAUCUCUCAUAUGUUGGUUUAUCUUUGUUGCCUCUGGUAAAUGCCAAUAGAAAACCUGACCUGCAACACCCACUGUCGUGCAGGGCAGAGCAUUCUUCAGUAAUGUGAUUUAUUUUUCUUUCUCUCUCCUACAUCUCUCCCCAACAGAUAAAACAUAAAGUAGCAAAGGAAAAACCUUGACAGUGACUUUUAUACAUGUUGCUUUUAGUAUUCAGAGUUGUUGAGAGCUUUGAGUGUUCAGCACUCAAUGUAAUCAGGCCUAUGCUAUCUAAAAGUUCUACCAUUAAAAGAGCAGAUUGUUGGUUAGAAGAAGAGUAUGUGAUUUACAAACAUGAGAGGAAAAAAUCCUGGUAUAUGUGUCAAAUGAAUUUUCAGGUGUGGUAACAGUAAGAUGCAGUCCACUGUUUUCAAGACCAAAUCUAGUCCCUCUAAAGUUCUGCAGUUUAUAAGAAAGUGUUCACUAUCCCAAGAAUUUAGGAUAUUCGUACUUUAGAAAGCUUGUCACUUUUUUAUUUGAACAAAUUUAUAAUUUUUAUGUGGUAUGAACUCUUAAGUACUUGGUUCUCUUUUUAAUGUAUGUGUGGUUAUAAUGUUUAUUUAUCUGUUUAGAGUCUGUGGAGUUCUCAUUUAACUGUUUCCCAUCUUGGGGUGACUGAUUUUGGUUGUUUUUCCCCAGCUCCACCUGAAAUGUAUUACUUUUUCAGGCUCAUCCCAUUUUUUUAAGAUGCUGCUUUCUAUUUGCAUUUCUUACGUGUUUCAAGUUAUCUGCCUGAUCAGUUAUCUAGUUUUUAAACUGGAAGUUGUUGUUAUGGCAGGAUGUCACAUGUUUAGACUGAGCUGCCUUCAGCAUAUUUUAAUGUGAAUUUACUGAUGAAUGAGAAGAAAAUUUCUAAUAAAGUCUACUGUCCAAAAUGAAACUC